AUGGAAAUACACCUCAACUCCGUGAAAGACAAGAUCGAGCAGCUUUCCACUGCAGCUGGAAACGUCGGUCUUUCUGUGGGUGUUUUGCAAGAAGGAAAGAUCAUCCACCAAAGCCACUACGGCUAUCAAAAUCUCCGAACCCAGGAAACCCCUGACGAAAACACUGUUUACCAUCUUGGAUCCCUUUCCAAGGCUAUUACUGCGGCCGGACUGGCAGUCCUUGUUGAAGAGGGGAAAUUUCAAUGGGACUCCUCUCUAAAGGAAUUGAUUCCGGGAUUCCACCAGCGAAACAAAUAUGUGGAGGAACAGGCCAACUUGAUCGACCUGCUGGCUCACCGCAUGGGCCUGGCCAUGAGAAUGAACUACUGGGCUCAGAUGGAGCAGGAGCUUCUUGUCCCGCCCACAGAGGCGGUUAAUGUUCUGGGCGCACUGCAUAGUACCGCUGAUUUCCGAACUACUCUGAAAUACAAUAACUGGACCUACUCUCUGGCUGGAGAGAUUAUUGAGAGGUACAGUGGCUUAUCUCUGGAGGAUUUCAUGCAACAAACCUUCUUCAAACCCCUCGGCCUUACGCGGACAACAUUUGCCGUGCCAUCCGAAGACAACUACGCGUCUUGUCACAUUACUCUGAGUGAUGAAACACCCUUUGAAGUUUCCCGCCCCCGUAUUGGAAGCGGUACUGUAAUGGCGGGCGCCGCUGGGCUGAAAAGCAGCCUAGCCGAUCUGCUACGCUUGUAUGAUGCACUUCUUACAGCACUGGAGGACCAAAGGAAGACAGGCCUUACCAGCACCCCCGACAAUCCAUUCAAACAGGUUUCUAUGGCGUUUACUCCUCAUGGAAAGAAGGGUGCAACGGAAUACGGUCUAGGCUGGUUCAUGGUCAAUCUUCCUGCAGAGAUUGGGUGGAUCGGAAUCAAUGACGGUCGGGUUGCUCAAAACCCAACUAUUGCCCGUGGCGUUGAUCCAACACCAGUCGCCUAUCACAAUGGAAGCAUGCCCGGCAUACUGGCUUCUGUUCAUUUGAUACCUCAGACUCAUACUGCAGUUGUCAUUUGCGGCAAUACAUUGUCUCUUGCAGAUAUCCCUGACUAUGCUGGUGGCCUUAUCCUUGAGACCCUACUUGGGGUGGAUGAGCCAACAGACUUUUUGCCCCUGGUUACUGAGGCUAAGGAAUCACUGGUCAAAGGCUACGCAAACACCAAGGAGAAGUUGGCAGCAGACAGAAAGCUGGGAACUUCACACAGGCCCCUUGAUCAAUACGAAGGCCGCUUCAUCAACCCAGAAGGGAACUUCCGACUGGAUGUCUCUGUUCGCGGCGACGGUCUGCGCAUGCACCUUCAGGGGCUCCCCCGGACAUACUAUGACCUGUACCACUAUUAUGACGACGUUUUUGCCUGGACCUGUGACCGGGAUGCAGAGACCAAGCGAGCCAUGUUUCCCCAGCUCUCCGAUGCCUUCCGUAAGAUCUGUUUCCAAGUGGAUGGGACUGGAAGCGUCGGCUCGAUCUUCUGGGCUUACGCUCGUGAUGAGCCCUAUGGGGAGGUGUUCACCCGGGUUGCCCCAGGUGGGGCCACAGAGGGAUUAGGCUCAGUGAACGAGUCAGCCAGCCUGUGA